AUGAAUGAAGAUCGACCAUUAAUAAAACAAUCGAUGGUUCGAAAGCUUCGUACAAGCUGUUCACAAUCAAACGUUUUUCCUAGUAGUUCAACUGAUUCAUCACCAAAUAUUAAUAAUAUUAAGCGAAAACCACUGUAUUCCACAGAUGAUUAUCUUCCUUAUUCACUCGAAGAUGAAGGUUAUGCAAGUGUUACGACGACAAAUACACUGUUCGAUAGUCAAUCAAUGGAAACAUCACUUAGGCAUUCUCGAAGUUCAUCAUUUACAAAAAAAUCUCAGAAAAACGAUUCUGAUACGGAUGAUUCAGAGUUAUUAAAUAAUAUGAUUGACUGGCAAUCAUUAACUAAGCAAGUACAAAAUCUUGUUGAUCGUCUUGAUAAUUGGUUACACGAACCUCUUCAAGAUCGUCACUUACGCAUAGAACAGUCGUAUACACCAAAUUCUUAUCCAGUUUUACAGACAACAUUAACGCCACUAAAAAUUGAUCUAUUAUCUAGAACAACAACAAGUAAAAUAUCAAAUCAAAGCAAUAUCACGGUCAAUUUUGUAUCUAGAGAUAAUCACGUCGAUAAUACCACCUUACCACGAUCAGAUUCAACAGUUAAUACAACAAGAUCAAAAAAAAUUAAAACUACGAGAUUAACGGAAGUUAACGAUCAAACCCCAAUUCAACGGUCUCAAUGUUGUACAUAUUGUACAAAAUUUAUUCCAUUGUUUAAUAAAUCAUACGUUAAUGAUAAUUUAAAACAAUAUACAAUGUGUCCGUACUGUGAAGACAUUUAUUGUAAUAAAUUGUGUCAGAAAAACGAUUGGAUAUUGCAUAAACAAAAUUGUCAUCUCUCUUAUAUCUAUAGUUGUUGUGGUUACAUUUUACGCCUAAUUAAAAGUAAUUCGUAUUUUUUGAUACGUUUAAGUGCUUUAGCUCGAAGUGGUUAUUUGACAUCGGGUAGAGGAGCUGUCACGUUGUAUUUCGACAAUAUGCAAGAAGUUGAAUCUUAUGUUAAUUAUAAUACUAAAUAUAAUCGUUUAAUGUCAGUUUAUUGGCCAUUGAAUACAAACUCGAAUAAAUCGACGAAAAAUUUACGUCCAAUUGAGUCCGAACGUUUGAAUGAAUUAUGUUUAAUGUACGAACCACAAAAAGAGUUCAUUUGUCAUGUAUCAAUAAACACAGUUAAUUAUAAACUAGUCGAUAUUAAUUUACAACAAUAUCAUCAAUCAAAUAAUAGUACAUUAUUAUUAACAUCUUUAUAUGAGAAUUCGAAUGGUACCGAUAUAACUACUAUUCGACAAGCUUAUUUUGCUAAUUUACAAAUAGAACUUCGAAAACGUGGUAUAGAAGUUGAAGAACAUUAUCCAGAAUUAUAUGAAAAAUUAUGUGAAUACAUUUCAUCUACUGAAACAUAUCAACAUUUUACACCUAUCUGUUUGUUUAUGAGACAUCAUUAUUCAAAACAAUUGUUUAUGUGUGUUAUAAUGCCUGAUUCUGAUUUGGAUCGAUCCUGGUUAAUUGAUCGAUGUUUACUAAAUCAAUUGAAUAUUUGUGAUUCCUGA